AUGUCCUUGUUGGCUCUUCACAAGGAGCGGAGAAAGUUUCUCGAGGAAAAAGCACUCUCGGCAGAUGUGAAAAUAGAGCUUCAAUUGCCUAAGCACAAAGAGGAAGCACCUGGGGGCUUCAAUCCUCUACUUGCCCUGGCUAACAUCUUCCAGAGGCUGGCUGACGAGAAGAAAGCAGAAGCUUUAGCUGCAGCAGCAAAUGCAGCAGCAAAUGCAGCAGCAGACGAACCUUGUGAGCCCGCUGAAGAACCAGCCGAAGUGCAUGAAUAG